CCCUCUUAUCAGUGGUGUAAAGUUUUACGGUGCUGACUGAAGUCUUGGGGGUAUUCACUUCACCACACCUUACCUGCUGCUGCUGCUGCAUGAUCCUCUCUCUUUUUUUUUUUUUUUGGCUUCAUUCAUAGUAAAAGUUCAAGAUGAACCAAGACCAGGACUGACACGACUGGAACUAACUGGGUCGAAGGAAUUUUUUCUGUGAAAGCUGCUUGUUCCAACACACAGUCGUCAUGCAGAGGCCAACAGAGGAUGUGCUUUCCGAUGAGAUUUACGCUUACGCCCUGUCCAAGACGCUGACAAAAGUGUCAUCCCCUGCAACCGUGGGACUCUACUCUUCGUGUCAGAAUCGAAUUAAUAUUAUCUGCAGAAAAAUGAAAGAGUUCAUGAACAAGGAAGCUUCAAAGCUCGAGGACAAGCACGAGGAAAAGCCUCGUCCCGUGAACCCUUCAUUGGGUGGUCUUCUGGCUCUCAUUGGCCGAAUGCUCUUCUACAGGCCCAUUUGGACCAUGGAGAAACCCCAUAACAUUAGGUUCAUUCACGUGGAUUUCAGCGCUUGGCAUUUUGCAGGCAGUGACCUGCUCUGGGCUGGGAUAGCCAUACGGCUUUUUCAGUCCAUGCAGGUGAACUUUGGAAAAUUACAGCUUGCUCUCUACCGUGUGACUCAAUACGAUGAAGAGGACGAAGUCAAGGAGAAGGUUUUUGAGAAGGGGAAAGACCACUGGCGUUCCAAGAAGAUUUGCUGCUGCCCGCUUUGGUUAUUCUUCCUUAUCAUUCUCAUAGUACCUCUUACCAUCCUGGUGUUCGUCUUGAAAUUUGACCUUCUUAAACCUGAGGAGGAACUAGCUGAUGGAGAGCCUAAAGCAAGUUCCCAGACGGACGUGGUGGGAGGCCUGGUCUUUGCCGCAGUAGGUGUCCCUGCAGCGAGCGCGUUGAAGUUUGCCUUCAUGAUGAUCAAGAACCUCAUCUUCAGCCAGGAACAGAACAUCAAGAAGGGCAUGGACAACGAGCGAAUCAGCAGCCAGCUGGGCUUCAUGAACGAGGUGAGGAGGGAGAUGUGGUUCAUAUCACGCUUCAUCCAGUUCAUGGAAGUGUUUGAGAGGAGGAAGAUCCGAAUAGUGCUCAAUAUCUCCAGCCUGGACCGCUGCCCCCCGAAGAAAAUCGUUGCAGUUCUGGAGGCGAUCAACAUCCUGCUAUCAGAAGAGGAGAGCCCGUUUAUUUCCAUUCUGGCAGUAAAUCCAUACGUUAUUGUGGAGAAAGUGAACUUUGCAGAUGGCUGCUUCAGCAGAGAGGACAGAGCUUAUGCACUAUUGAACCGCAUAGUGACUCUUGCCUUCUCAGUCCCAGCACUGUGCAACAGUUCCAAGCUUGAUUUAUUUUACAGCCUUGUUAACCGUUCAAGAACCGCAGAGAAUUCAACAGAGAACCAUGGCACGGAUAUACCUUUGGAGGUUGUAGAUGUGAAAGAGACAAUUCCACUGAUUGAAACUCUGGAUGUAGAGGACGAGGAAGUAGAGAGUUUGGUGUCAAGCAUUUUGAAGAGCAGCGAAAGGAAGCUAAACAUGUACCUGUCUGAUGACAGCAUGUCUAUGAGGAGGGUGAUCAACUCCAUUCGGGUAGCAGCGACAAUUAUAAAGGCCUCGAGGAAAAACGUACCUCAACAAGACAAUAUUGCAGCAUGGGUGACCUUAGCCAAUCAGUGGCCCUGCCGGCUCAGCUGGAUCAUCCAGUGUGUGGAAGAUGCACAACAGGAAGAUGCUCAUGAUGGAACACAUGCUGAUCCUAUUGUGCCAAAAUCUGAUCCCUCAAAGACCUUAUGGAAAGUCUUCAGUGAGACCAGGGCUGAGCUGUAUGAGAUGAGUGCCCAGAUCGAGGACCUCCUGGAGCAAGACGAAGAUCCGGAAAUGUUUGAAAGCUUUCUCAAAGUGGACUUCAAGUUCACCAUAGGCGACCUGAAGUCGUGCGAAGUGGUGAUGAUGAAUCUGGAUCACUCAAUUAGGAAGGAGCUGGCUCAGAUCAGAGGCACAUCCAGGCUGAGAGAUUUUGGCUGCAUGAAGAAGCUAGCUGCUCUGCCAAUGAAAACCAUCAUCAAUAUGGGCACAGAAGACAUAUGCCAAGAGUUAGAGAAGAUGAACUAUCCCAGCAAGUACAUCGAUGUAGUGAGAAGCAAUGGCAUCGAUGGCCCGUCACUGGUCUUCGGUGACGUGAAUGACCUCAAGGAUCUCCUUCAAAUGCCAUUUCGUGAAUGGGCAGGUUUCCGACACCACUUCUUGGGUUUGCCGUCUCAGCUCAGGAACGUGCCACAAGCGACUCCUUCUGCUUGCCAGAACCGAAUGUCAAAGCUCCUGGUUGUUCCUCAGGAUUAGGCCGCUCUGCUAAUCCCAACCUGGGAAACAGCUGCUUAUAGAAAUCCAAUCCAUUUCCUAUUAAGUGUGAUAUUCCUAAAUGUGUUAUCUGCAUGUACUAAUAUUUAAUCAUGUUUAUCAUAACAAUAUGUAACUUGUGCAAAAUAAAUACACUGAUCAGGCAUAAUAUUAUGACCAGUGACAGGAGAAGUAAAUAACAUUUAAACCAUCUUGUGACAAUUCAAUGUUCUCCUGGGAAACUUUUGGAUACGUCACUGAAGAUAUAUUUCAAAACAUGUUGAAUGUGUCUGUAAGUGCAAAGUUCACUUGCAAAAUGCAAAGUUAGAGCCAAAAGGUAAUUGGCAUAGUAUUGAAAAAUGGGAGCAGGGGAAAUGACUUUUCUGGCUAAAUAACUGUACCUAAAUAUACCUAUUUGGCCACUGUUUGCCAAGAAUAUAUUGCUAAUAUGCCCUUUCUCAAAGUUUCCCUGCAUAUCAUCGUGAUUUGCUAUGGGUGUUAACAUGGGCAUGGGCUUUUUUACAUCUCUUUUUGUUACUUAUUAAGUUUAAAUGUCGUUAGAACAUGAUGAAGUCAUAAUAUUAUAAAGCUGAUGGAAACUGACCUCUAAGGUACAUACAUCACUUGUGCUGUUUUAUUUCAGGGAGACCGUAUGCAUGUAGCAUUUGCCUACAUUACACGUUUACAGCUUAUUUUAUUGUCAAACUGCAUGAGCUUUUGUUAAUUGCAUGACUACAGUAGUUUGUUAAACUUGAAUGUAUGUUUGCCAUAUAUCGUUAUCAUAUCUGUUUCUGUGUGGUGAAGCUACUGGACACUGAAUUUCCCUCGUGACAAAGAAAGUAUCUGUCUAAUAGUAAUAAUAAUCGGCGGUUUUACUUUAGCUGCUUCAGUGUCAAGUGGCAAAAAGAUAAAAAGUUGUGACA